CACGCUUCAGUCUCCAGUUCCCUCUAUCCAUAUCAUCGUCCGCGAUCCGCCAAUUCACUGACUUUCUGGUCGUCAGUGAUAAGCGAUGAGUCUAGGGGUUGUGGUUCCUCCCAUAGCCCUUCGCACGUCACCGUUCGCUCACUAUAACGUUGCAUGGUCACCUUUCCACGCUCACCUACUUGCACUCGCGUCGUCUGCAAAUUAUGGGCUGAUUGGAAACGGGAGGGCACAUCUAUGUAGCCUCUCUGGUGCACCGGCACCUAUCGUACCGGCUGCAGGAGCUGACGGUCGGGAGUUAAGAUUGGAUAAGUUCUACAAAACGCAAGAUGGGUUAUACGAUCUUGCGUGGUCUGAGAUACAUGAGAAUCAACUCGUAACAGCUUCGGGGGAUGGCUCAUUGAAGUUAUGGGAUAUAAUGCUCAAUGACUUACCGAUUCGCGCAUGGCACGAACAUUCAAGAGAGGCGUUCAGUGUUGAUUGGUCAAAUAUAGACAAAACAAUCUUUGCCUCUUCAUCUUGGGACGGUUUAGUGAAAAUUUGGACAACGGAACGCCCAACUUCAAUUCAGACUAUUGCUGCGCACCAAUCUUGCGUUUACCAAGCUAUGUUCUCUCCUCAUACCCCAAACAUCAUCGCCAGCUGCUCGACAGAUGGAUCAAUUAAAAUCUUUGACCUUCGCACAGCAGGCUCAGGUCCACUUCCACCACAGUCCUCGAUCCCGAGCGCUGUACCGCCGGCGCCUCCACCAGGGUCCAGUGUCCCAUCUAUCGUCAUCCCUGCGCAUCCUGCUGCUGAAAUCCUUAGCAUUGACUGGAAUAAGUACCGACCAUGGGUGCUCGUGAGCGGGAGUACGGAUAAAAUGAUCAAAGUGUGGGAUGCACGAAACGUUAAGCCUGUUGCUAAUGGCCCGCAAGUUGGAGGAAAUUGUGAAAUUUCGUUACACGGACAUGAGUAUGCUGUUCGAAAAGUGCAAUGGAGUCCACAUCGUGCGGAUCUGAUUGCAAGCGCGGGCUACGACAUGACGUGCAGGGUAUGGUCGACAACUCCGAAUGGGGCACACCCACCGCUCCGGACAAUCCAUGAUAAACAUACCGAGUUCGUGACGGGGUGUGCAUGGAGUUUGUAUGAGGAGGGUUUGUUGGCAUCCUGUAGCUGGGAUCACUCUGUUCAUUUGUUCAGGCCGUACAACGUGUAGCCAAAGUGUAUUGAAUAUAUGUAAUACGCCAGGCAGC